ACCGGUAUUCUUUUGUGUUGUUUACUUGUCUUUUUGUAUUGUUUUGUAUUUUAUCUAAGAAAAAAUUAAAUAAAUACUGACUUAAAUAUUGAAAAAUUGCUAAAUGAUGCUGUUACAAAGUAUCAAAUAAUAGUAAAAAAAAAAUUGUGCAAAAAUGUCGGAAGAAGCAAGAAAAAAUUUGGCACCAGGUAAAAAAAAUUCUAAAAAAGAUUUCGUUGAUAAUACUGUAUUUGGAACACCACUACCUUUGGCUGCUUCAACUGCCAAGAGAAAUUCAAACCUUCCUCCUCGAUAUGGACAAAAUGUAGAUGAUUAUAGAAAAUCGCUUAUGAAUGAAACAAGUGAAACAUUUAAUUCAUCUCUUGGACUUCUUCAUAAUAUUUCAACAUUGAUAGAUGACAAUUUUAUGAAUCUUAAAAAACAAUCUGCUCCAAAAAAAGCUAUAGAUACUGAAAGAGAACUUGCUCGAAAAUUAUUACAAAAAUGCAGUGAGCCAAUAAUCAAAAAUGAAGACAAAACAGACAAGGAAAAUGAUGCAAAUGUUCAAAAUAGAAUUAGUGAAACACAUUCUAAAGAAAUGAAAGAGCAAAUUUCUACACAAUCUUUUGAUAAUGAUGAAAAAAAUUUACAUUUUCCUAAAACAUCAUUGUCAUCGAGUGUUUUAUUUGAACCACGUGAAAUAGCAGCUCGUUCUUCGGAAAUGAGUAAAAUAUCUGGAAAUUCAAUGCAAAAUACAUCGCAAACUGCAUUUAGUAUGAAUUCAACUGCCGCUGAAAUGAUGGCACAAUUUGGUCAAGAAGAAUUUCGUUCCAAUUCUGGAUUAAUGAAACAAUUAGAUGCCGAUGAAUUAUCAUGGAGAGAAAAUUAUAAAUUUGCAAUGCCCACAAGUACUAAUAUUCCCGAGAAGGAGCAUUUAGAAUUUUCAUGUUUCUCUGGAAUUAUUGGCGAUGUUGAUUUAACAAUUGAAUCGGAUAAUGGACACAAAUUAUCAUUUGGUGAAUAUUUUAAACGUAAAUGUGGAAAUUUUGGUGAACUAUCCGAAACUGAAGCAGUUGAUAGACCAAGUCUUGGUUUUUCAAUUAGAAGUCCAAAAAAGAGAGAAAAAAUGGAAGCUUUAGUUAAUAUUACAGGAAUGACAAAUGUUUCAGAGGCUUGUGGUCAAAAAGAAAUGAAUAAUUUUUCAAGUACAGUUGACAUGACAAAAGAAAGUUUAAUGAGUUUGAGUAGUAUUGCUCAAGUGCUUGAAAAUAUAAACGAUGGAACACCUCGAAAAUUGGUGGAUCAAUUAAUAAUGGCGAAUAAAAAGCGAAAAGAUCCAACACCAAUUAGCGAUACAUACACUGUAAUGUCAUUUAAUCGAAAUUCAAUGCCUGCUUCAACUUCUCAUACAUUGGAAGCUGAGAAAAUUGACAAUGAUUCUUCUUAUAAUGACCGAACAUUAAAAAAUCAAACGAGUAAAUUUUCUCUCGACAGUCGAACACUACAAAGUUCUUUGAGUAAAAAUCGUUCCCUUACAUUGGCUUCUUCUUCUACUUCAAAAGUAGAUAAAAUCGAAAGUCCAAAACCACGAAUUUUAUCUUCGACUGUUGUUUCUAUGGAUCUUCCAAAACUCAAGGAAAAUAAAAAUGAACUUUCAUUUCCCGAAUCGAAACCAAUUAUUGAAAAAUCAAAUCAAUCUCCAUUAAAUUCACCGAAGGAAAGAAAAAGUUCACCUCAAUCAAAAUAUGAGAAUUUAAAAGAAAUUUACAUUAAAAAAGGUUCUCCUAUGAAUGAAAAAUACGAGGUUCCAAGUUUUCCAAUAAAAACAUCAAGCCCAUUAGCGGAAAAAUUAAAGAAUGAACAAUUUUCCAUAAAUAAAGAAUCAUCGCUUAGUUCAAGUCUUCAUACGAGUCUCGAAGAAAAUAUUAUAAUUGGCAAAAAAACACAAGAAUUGUGCAUGUGUGUUGUAGGAAUAAGAAAAGAAAUUGAUUUAGAUGUAAUGAAUAAAGGUGGCCGUUGGAUAACUCUUUCUGUGACAUUAAAUCAAAUUCAAGGCGAUAGUGAUGCCAUUGAAUUUUUUUUGCCAGUUAAUGUACUAGUAAAUCCUUAUUCCUCAGGUAUUCUCAAAAUCGAAGUAAAAAUUUUAAAAACGACAACUCCAAUAAUUGCCGUUUUAAAUAUAGCAACAACUGAUUUUGUCACUCAAUCAAGAUGGGAUUCAAAAUAUAUAAUAUGUUUUGUAUCAGAAGAAUUACAAAUUGAUGUUGUGACACCAACAAAUAAAAUGGAACUCAAUUUCGAUGCAAUUACACAAAAUGGAUCGCAAAUUUUGCCUAUUACAUUUGAAAACAAAAAUUGCAUUGAUCUUCCUCUCAUUCUUUUUAUUUUACAAGAGGAACCAACUACAUUCAGUAUAAAGAAAGCAGACAAUGAAUCAUCAAAUGAUGAAAAUUCCACUAAAUUGGUAAAAUUCUUUCUCAAAUCAAGAGAACGUUGUACAAUGAACAUUGAAUUUCAAGGAAUUGCGUUAAAUUUAUUUGAAGGAUUUGAGUCAUCGAAUAAUUUGCGGAAAAUAAAAGGUAAAAUAGUCCUUCAAACCGAAUCAAAUUCACAAGCAGAUCCAGGAAUUGUAAUAAACGAAAUAUCAUUGUUUGGUUCAAUCGGAAUUUGUAAAUUGAGAGUAAUAAAUACUGAAUUACCGAUUACAAUACCUAAAAUGCAAAGUAGAUCAUUGACAUUCUAUAAUUCUGGAAGCAUUGGAAUGCCAUUAUCAGCAAUGAUUGUCGAAAAUGAAGGUGAAAAAAAUGAAAAACUCUGCGAUGAUUUUGUAGUGAGACCUGAAACUCUAUUUUUACAUUGUUUCGAAAAUGGUUCAUUUUCAAUUUCAUAUAUGCCACGAAAUUCCAAUGAACCAGAAAGGCACGUAAUGGUGAAAAUUACAGCAGGAAAAAAUACAUCCCUAUAUCCUGUGAUUGGAAAAAUUGAAUCACCCGUUGAAGAAACAUACGAAAGUUUUCAAUCAGAAACACUUCAACAUUUAAGAACAAUAUCUUCUCCUAGUUCACCACUUAAUAGAUCACCUAAUUCGGGAAGAGAUUCACCUGGAGGUUCAGUGACGAGUUCAACAAUUGCAGGUGAUAUUUUACCAAUUCGUGCCACACAUUCCUCAUUAACUUGGACCAGUAUUCGAGUUGGAAAAUCUGAUUCAAAAGAAUUUACAAUUCGAAAUUCAAGUAACAAUAAAAUUAAACUUAUCGCUUCUAUCACGUCAAAAGAUAAGAGUUUCAAGUUCAUACGAGAUCGUCAAACAACGGCAAAUUCUUUGGCAUUAACUCUUCAACCAGCUGAGAGUAAAACAAUAACUGUUGUUUUUAGUCCUCAUUCUGCAGGAGCGGCCACCGGAAGAGUUUUUUUCCAACAUUACGCGCACGCUAAGGAUAAUUUAGAAUCUCGACCACAUAAAACGAUCUCACUGUUUGGAUAUGGCGGAAGUACGAAGUUAGAAAUUUCCAAAGCAUUUAAAGAUACCGGAGGUCUAAUGUGGCUCUCGCUUGGAAAAAUGAGCGGUGGAUCAUUGGAUGCAAAAAUAAAACUCGAAAAUUUAGGAGACUUGGCAUGUUACGUUAAAUUAAAAUUAAUUCCAAAAGCUGUUUAUCCAUCAAUGGCUGUUAGCUGGUCUGUGGAACCUUCGAAAUUGUUACUUAAUCCAAAAGAAGAACAAUGGGUCUCUCUCGUUUUUCGUCCACGAAAAGAAGAUUUACGAUUGUUGGAUAAAAAUACCGUGAGCCAUGUGGGAACAUUGAAACUCACUCAUGGAGAUGAACCAACACGAUUACGAAUUCGCAGAUUAUUCUAUAAGAUGAAAGAAUCGGCUCCACAAAAUACAAAAGAUCAAGAAUUUUGGAAUGAAGUACAUCCAAUUUGUAAAGCUUUUCCUGGCGAAACUUUUAUUCGUGAUCUCACAUUGGUUCGCGAUUCAAGCUCAAAUCUCGGUGACUUGGCAAGAGGAAUUAAUUAUCAGGAAUUAAAAUUAACUGUGGAAUCGAGCGCUGAUGAAACAAUGACCAUGUUACAAGACGAUAUGGAUGAGACACAAACUUUUUAUUCACUUUGCAGUGACAGUUGUAAUGAUAUCACAGUUACUGGCGACAGUUAUUUGCCUGUUGAAUCCGUACUAGAAACACCUAAUCAACAUUUCAUUCGAGAUGUUGAAGAUGCAUUUAUCGUUAAUCCAAAUGAAGUAACAUUAAAUCCAUCAAUUAAAAAUGAAGCAACAAUUGUAAUAUCAACAAAUUCUAAAGUCGCACAACCUUUUGAGACAGUUUUAUCAAAUGGUCUAAAUUGCUUAACUGUGAUACCAAAUUCAGGAAUGAUUCCCACUGGAAGAAGUCUUUCUCUUAAAGUGGAAUGUAAAAAACAAGUGACAAAAAAUUUUGAAGCAAUUCUUAAAAUUUAUACAGCAAACGAUAAGCGCGAAGUCACAAUUCGAGUAUACAAUAAUGAACGUUUAAAUUCUGUAAGAAAUUUAUCGCCGCUCUAAAAAGAAUCAAUGAAUUUUAAUUAUGUACUUUACAGAAAAUUAAUUCAAUGUUGAUUUUUUAAUGUAUAAACGUUAUUUAAUUAUUAGCGAUUUAGCCUAUUCGUUAUUUAUUUUAAUUCGUCACUUUUAUUAUCGUAUUUAUAAAUUGGAUAAUUUCUCAAAAACGGUGAUAAAACUCUUAAACAAUUUAAGCGUUAUGAAAAUAAUAAAUUUUAAAAUAAAACUAGUUUGUAAGGCAUUAAAAAAAAAUUAUAGCUUCUGUCUAACCAUUCCUAGUCUGUACAUUAUUCUACUUUUCAAUAUUUUUGUAAUGUUUAAAAAUAAUAUAUUAAUGCUUCUUUUAAA